GGAGCACACCGACUGAGCGCUGCCAGGACCGGCAGGAGGACAGAGGGACCGGAGGGAGACGGGGCUACCGGGGGCGACCGUAACGCUCUUUCAUGCAGUAACGGUGGCGGGUCCGGUGACGAGGACGGGGUGUGAGGUGAUGCCGCGCGGGGUCACGGUAACGUAAGAACAACAGCAGAGCAGCGGAGGAGGAGGAGGAAGCUGAACCGAGGAGGAUGCAGCAGUGAUCGGUACCGGGAGUACAGCCCAACGGAGCGACCUGCACGGGUUCCUGGACGGCUCUGAUCUGAUGUAAAUCGGCAGGGAUGGACUGGUAGGCAGGGAGGAGGCGCGAGGAGCGGAGCGGAGCAACCCACGGCACAUAACGGAGAAGAGGGAGCGACGAGGAGGAGGAGGGAGGUGGAGGAGCAUCGCGAGGAGGAGGGAGGAUGAAUCCGCUGGAUGGAGGAGAAGUGGGCCCGGGCGGCCUGGCGACGGCAGGUUCGGGUAAAGCAGAAUGUGUUCGGGCGGUCGAUGUCCUGACGGUGCUCAGAGAGAAAGUGGCCUUUGUCUCAGGCGGACGUGACAAACGAGGCGGACCGAUCCUGACCUUCCCUGCCAGGACCAACCAUGAUCGAAUAAAACAGGAGGACCUCAGUCGAUUGGUCACCUACCUGUCGACCAUACCCAGUGAGGACGUCCGUGCCCGAGGCUUCACUGUGGUGGUAGACAUGCGUGGCAGUAAGUGGGACAGUGUGAAGCCGGUGCUGCGAACACUGCAGGAGUCGUUUUCCUCUAACAUCCACACGGCGCUGCUCAUCAAACCAGACACCUUCUGGCAGAAACACAAGACCAACUUGGGCAGCGCCAAGCUCAGCUUUGAGACGUGCCUGGUGUCUGUGGAUGGCCUGUCCCGGCUUGUUGACCCCUCCCAGCUGACCUCUGACCUUGGUGGCUCUUUGGAGUAUGAUCAUGUGGAGUGGACAGAGCUGCGUCUUGGUCUGGAGGAGUUCUCGGGCUCUGCCACGCAGUUGCUGACCCAGCUGGAGCAGUUGGAGGCUGGACUCAACCGCAUAGCUGAACCCAAGGACGUUGAUGAAGCUCGCAAACUUCUUGAGGAACACGGUCGCCUCCGUAACACCAUUGCCACGGCCCCUGUCGAUGCCCUGGAUCGAGAGGGGCGCAGUCUGCUCCAGCGCAUGCGCCUGGGCCCCUCGCAUGGCGAUGCCUCUAAUGAAAGUGGAGGAGGUAGCCACGGCAGCUGGCUGUCUGGCGGGGCAGACUUCCAGAGUGUGGCACCAAAGGUCUCAUCUUUCCUGGACCGGCUGCAGGCAGCUCGCAGCCACCUGUUACAAAACUGGAGCAACAAGAAGCUCCACUUAGACCAAGCACUGCAGCUACAUCUGUUUGAACAGGAUGCCACUAAGAUGUCUGAGUGGAUCGCUCACAGUAAGGAGUUAUUUACGCAGAGUUUGGCAGAGGUUGGCCAGAACCACCAGCAUGCCCUGGACCUCCAGACACAACACCAGCACUUCACAGCUAACUGCAUGAACGGCAGCGUGAACGUGGACAGUGUCGUUACCGUAGCAGCCAGGCUGGCAGAGGCUGGUCAUUAUGGGGCAGAGCGGAUCGCCACAGUGUCAUCCCAGCUACAGGACGACUGGAAGUGUCUGACGAUGGCACUGGAGGAGCGCAGCAAUACGCUUGCUAUGUCAACUGGCUUCCACCAGGGGGCAGAACAGUUCCUACUCAGAGUGGAGGGAUGGGUUCAGCUGUGCUCUGAGGGGUCACUCCCGUCGGUGACGGCAGAGCUAGAAGCUGCAACAAAGAAACACCAGGACUUGAACAAGGAAAUCUCUGCCAACUACACACAGGUCAGUGAGAGCGGUAAAGCCUUACUAGAUGUCCUUCAGCGCUGCCCAACGAGCGACUCUGAGGACAUGACCACAAAACCCGACUUCACUGCGGCCACGCACAGCAUCAUGGCCGUUCUGCACCAGGUCAUGCAGGGCCACCAUGAAGUGGAGGGGGCGUGGCAGCAUCGGAAGCUCCGCCUCCACCAGCGUCUGCAGCUCUGUGUGUUUCAACAGGACGUUCGACGGGUGUUGGACUGGGUAGAGCAGCACGGUGAGGUGUUCCUCAACAAGCACAGCGGCGUGGGAAAGUCUCUGCACCGAGCACGAGCCCUGCAGAAACGCCACGACGACUUCCAGCAGGUUGCACAGAAUACUUACACUAAUGCAGAGAAGCUUCUAGAAGCAGCAGAUCAACUUGCUCAGUCUGGAGAGUGUGAGGAGGAGGAGAUCUACCAGACGGCCAGAGACCUGGAGCUGCGCAUGCAGGCCUUUAUUCAACGAGUCGAACAGAGGAAGCUGCUGCUGGACCUCGCUGUGUCCUUCUACACACACACUAAAGAGCUGUCAGCGUGGAUGGACGGCCUCCAGAAGCAGCUCUCCUCAGACCUCUGUGUUUGUCCGGACACCGUGGAGGCUCUGCAGACUCUGAUCAGCCAGCAGCAGCAGCAGCAGGCCAAUACGCAGGAAGCUGCGAUGAGUGUCGUCCGGGAAGGAGAAGACCUCAUCCUGCAACUCAGGCCCCAGGGCAGUUCUGUUACCCACGUCGAGUCUGUACUACAGCAGCUGGACGAGUCUCAUGUUCAGCUGGAGGAACUUCUCCACCAGAGGAAGAUCCGUCUGGACGUUUACCUGCAGCUCCGCAUACUGCAGCAGUGCACGCUGGAGGUAACUGGAGAGAUGGAUGCCUGGAAGCAGGAUCUCCAGAAACAGUCCCAGGACUUCUCUGCUGAGAAAGUGGCAUCGCCGCGGUUACCUGACGGGAACCAGGACAAGCUGGCAUUGGGCCAGUCACGGCUGGUGGAGGCUUGUCCAGAGGCAUUAACGCUGGCGCAGCAGCGCAUCCACAGGCACAUGGAGCGAAGGCUGGCUAUGAACAAUAUGAUGUAUGAAGUCAUCCAGCAAGGUCAUGACCUUCAGCAGUACAUGACAGAGGUGCAGGCCUCAGGUAUUGAACUGUUAGAAGCAGAGGGUGGUCUCUCCUCUCAGGUAGAAGAGCUACAGCGCCUCCUGCAGGACAAACAGAAGGAGCUGCAGCAGAUUGCGGAUCACACGCACACGCACCUGGAGCAGAACCUGCAGCUGAGACAUUUGCAGAGUCAGGUCAAACAGGUGCUGGGAUGGAUCUCAGAGGGAGAGGUCAUGCUUUCAUCCUGCAUGCUGAACUCCAGCUGUCUGUCCGAAGCUGAGCAGCUGCAGCGGGAACAUGAGCGCCUCCAGCAGGCCAUAGAGGCUCUUCUUCAUGCUGACUCUUUGCAGAGGACCCACCAGGUGGCUCUGGCUCUGCAGCAGAGGGCUGAACUGCUGGUCAGGUCGGGGCACUACGAUCCGGACGCAGUGAGGUCCUGUGCCCAGACAGUGGCGCUGCACUGGCAGACUCUGAUGCUGAGAAUCGAGGACAGACUCAAGCUGGUCAACGCCUCUGCUGCCUUCUACAGGACGUCGCAGCAGGUGUGUGGGGUCCUGGAGAGCCUGGAGCAGGAGUACCGCAGGGAGGAGGACUGGUGUGGAGGAGGAGACCGACAGGUGGAGCAGCUCCUGCCUCUCAUCAACAAACACAUGGAGCAAAAGGAGGCCUUUCUGAAGGCCUGCACCUUGGCCAGACGUAACGCAGAGGUUUUCCUAAAGUACAUCCACCGCAACAGCGUCACCAUGGCCAACAUCUCGGGCCACAGUGUCACUGUGUCAGGGGUAACAGGCGUGACGGAGGUCAGUGGCCACUCCAGGGUUCCAGAGCAGCAGGUCAAAGGUAUCCUGAGUGAGCUACUCCAGAGAGAAAACAGAGUGCUUCAUUUCUGGACGCUGAAGAAACGCCGUCUAGACCAGUGCCAGCAGUACCUGAUGUUCCAGAGUCACGCCCAGCAGGCACUGGACUGGCUGCAGCAGUCGGGCGACCAGUACUUGGCCACACACACGUCAGCAGGCGCAACGCCGGCCGACACGCAGGAGCUGCUCAGCAAACACCGGGAGUUCUGUGUUUCCGCCAAGCACACCCAGGAGAAGGUGCACCUGCUCAUCCAGCUGGCUGAGAGCAUGCUCGCCAAAGGCCACGCCCACCGCACCGAGCUUCGCCGCUGCGUGUCCACGGUCGACAAGCGCUACCGCGACUUCACCGUCAGGAUGGGCCAGUACCGCCACCUGCUGGAGGUGGCCCUGGGGGGGUGCUCACAGGACAAUAAGGACUUGGAGCUGGAGCUGAUCCCCAACAGUCUGUCUGACUCUGACCCUGAGGUCAACCUGUCUGACCCCAGCCACCAAGUCAGCGACGAGAAGAGACGGUCGGCCCGCAAGAAAGAGUACAUCAUGGCUGAGUUACUGCAGACAGAGAGAGUCUACGUCAGAGACCUGCAGGAGUGCAUUGAGACGUACAUGUGGGAAAUGACCAGUGGAUCCGAAGACGUCCCCACGGGUCUCGCCAACAAAGACGACAUAGUGUUUGGGAACAUCCAGGACAUCUACGAGUUCCACAACAGCAUUUUCCUGAAGGAACUGGAAAACUAUGAGCAGCUUCCUGAAGAUGUUGGACAUUGUUUUGUUACCUGGGCCGACAAGUUCCACAUGUACGUGACAUACUGCAGGAACAAACCAGACUCCAGCUUACUGAUCCAGCAGCAUGGUUCUGGGUUCUUUGAGGAGGUCCAGAGACGGCAUGGUUUGACUAAUUCCAUCUCCUCAGCUCUCAUCAAACCGGUUCAGCGCAUCACCAAGUACCAGCUGCUGCUCAAGGAGUUGUUGGCGUGCUGCGAGGAGGGGAAGGGUGAGAUCAAGGAAGGCCUGGACGUGAUGCUGAGUGUCCCGAAGAGAGCCAACGACGCGAUGCAUGUCAGCAUGCUGGAAGGUCUGGAGGAGGGUCUGGAGGUCCAAGGCGAGCUCCUCCUCCAGGACUCCUUCCUGGUGUGGGAGCCCAAGUCUUUGAUCAGGAAGGGGCGGGACCGUCACCUCUUCCUCUUUGAGCUGUCACUCAUCUUCAGCAAGGAGAUCAAAGACUCAUCUGGAAGAACCAAAUACCUGUACAAGAGCAGACUGAGGACCUCGGAGCUGGGAGUAACAGAACACAUCGAGGGAGACGCCUGUAAGUUUGCUCUCUGGGUUGGACGAACGCCAACGUCUGACAACAAGACGGUGCUAAAGGCGUCAUCCAUGGAACUGAAGCAGGAGUGGGUUCGCAGCAUUCGGCAAGUGAUCCAGGAGAGACGGGGUCACCUGAGAGGAGCGCUGAGGGAGCCCAUCCCCCUCCCCAAGACGCCCAACCCCACGCUGGGGCGACAGCGCAGCAUCACACGCAGGGAGACCAGCGAGGACGCAGACAGCCUGGGUGACGCCAGCAGCCAACCAGACACCGUCUCCAUCGCUUCCAGAACGUCCCAGAACACGGCUGACAGCGACAAGCUGUCAGGUGGCUGUGAGUUAGUGGUGGUGCUGCUGGACUUCUCGUCCGGAGGGCCAGCAGAGCUCAGCGUCCGAUGCGGUCAGACCGUGGAGCUGGUAGAGUGUUCAGCUGAGCGACCCGGCUGGUGUCUGGUCAGAACCACAGACCAAACCCCGCAGCAGGAGGGGCUGCUGCCCAUGAGCGCCCUCUGCCUGUCGCACUCGCACAGUGCAGCCGACAUGGAGGGACUCCUCCAGGCGUCCACCACGGCGUCCAGCACCUCCUCCACCUGCACUGCCACGUCUUCCUCCUGCAACCCCUCCACCACCGCCACCUCCAACGCCUCCAACUCCUGCUCCAGUGAGAGCGCCGGCAGGGACCCCACCCUGUACAUCUCUGAGGGUUCAGCACUUCAGACUCAGACCAGCAGCCAAAGUGCCACCUCGCCCACCGUGUAUGGAGUCACCGGGGCUCUGGGGGGCAGCACCGGUUCACCGGGACCCAAACGCAGCGGCUCUGGCACUGGAAACACUCUGAAGCGCUGGUUGACCAGCCCUGUCCGGAGGCUGAGUCAAGGCAAAGCUGAUGGACAGAAGAAACCUCCAAUCAGAGCCAGGAGGCGGGACAACCGUCCGGAGCAGGCCACACCCCUCACUGGCAACGCACAGGCAAAAGCCAGGAAGGAGGAAGGUGGACAGAGUGGAGGCGAGGAGGAGCCAGAGGAGGAGAGCCACACCCCUCUACCCCCGCCGAUGCAGAUCAUCAAAGACCCCAACAACCCUGAGGCUCUGGAUUCAGAUCAAGGCUCCAAUGAAUCAGACACUGAGCAGAAAAACAAAGCACUAAGAGGACGCAUGUUUGUGGUGAAUGAGAUGGUCCAGUCAGAGAAGGACUACGUGAAGGACCUGGGUGUGAUCGUUGAGGGCUUCAUGUCGCGGUUGGAGGUCAGAGGGAUUCCAGAGGACAUGAGAGGAAAAGACAAAAUUGUCUUUGGCAACAUUCAGCAGAUCUAUGACUGGCACCGCGACUUCUUCCUGGUGGAGUUGGAGCGCUGCAUUCAGAACCACGAUCUGCUCGCCGACCUCUUCAUCAGACACGAGCGACGUCUGCACAUGUACGUGGUUUACUGUCAGAACAAGCCGAGGUCAGAGUUCAUCGUGAUCGAGUACGAGACCUUCUUCGAGGAGAUCCAGCAUGAAAUCAGCUGCAGGAUGUCAAUCAGUGAUUAUUUAAUCAAACCCAUUCAGAGAAUCACCAAAUACCAGCUGCUGCUGAAGGAUUUUCUCAAGUUCACAUCCAAAGCAGGACUAGACUGUGAGGAGACUGAGAAAGCAGUGGAGCUGAUGUCACUGGUUCCAAAGCGCUGCAACGACAUGAUGAACCUUGGACGCCUGCAGGGAUAUGAGGGGAAGCUGACGUCUCAGGGGAAGCUGCUGCAGCAGGAGACCUUCUGCGUCUGGGAGCAGGACGGAGGAGUCCUGUCUCGCAGCAAAGAGCGCAGAGUUUUCCUAUUCGAGCAGAUCAUCAUCUUCAGCGAACUGCUGCGCAAAGGAUCCAACAACCCUGGAUACCAGUACAAGAACAGCAUCAAGGUGACCUACCUGGCCAUGCAGGACAGCGUGGACGGGGACCCCUGCAAGUUCGUUUUGUGGUCGCGGGGCUCGGCCGAGCGCUUCACGCUGCAGGCCUCCUGCUCCAGCAUCAAGAUGACCUGGGUGGAGAACAUCGCCGCCCUGCUGGAUGCCCAGAACAACUUCCUGUCUGCGCUUCAGUCCCCCAUAGAGUAUCAGAGGAAGGAGGGGGGCAUCGCUGUGACCCGCCCCCUGUCGUCCGGCCGGCCUCCGUCGGCUCCACCCACGCCUAACGGCCAUGCUACUCAGCCUCCGCCUGACAGCGAGCAGGACGACCAGGAGCUGGUUCUGGUGCUGCAGGACUUCGUGGCAGUGCGGGAGGAUGAGAUUUCCGUGUUCCGGGGGGAGAAGGUCCAGAUUCUUGCUUCCAACCAGCAGGGUCAGAGCCUGGUCUACAGGCCGGCCAACAGCGACUCGCCGGCCGCUGAGGGCUGGGUGCCGCGCCGCGUGCUCAGUGCACGCUGAUACAGACACACAACAGUAGGGCAAGACAACGGGCCAAAGGCAUGCUGGGAAGGAAAGAUGGCGUCAUUAGAGGACACAGCCAUCACUACGUGAACUCCCUUCAUCCAGAACAUAGAACAGCUGGUCCCACAUCUGCAGAGCUGAAAAGAUGUUUUAUUUAUUACAUCCGUGAGUCCCAGUAAACACAGUGGAUGUUUACCUCUAGUCUGCAGAUGAACAUGCUCCUCAGCUUGUUCACAGUCAGCUUCCGUCAGCAGAGGGAGCGGGCUGGACUCUCUGGAAGAAAAUGUAAGCCAGGACUGAAUGCACUGGAAUCAAACACACAUGAGAGUCCUGAUCACGUUCGUGGCAUAUGGACCUUCAAAAUAAAUGUCAUCCUUCCAACUGUAUGGAAGAAGAAAAUGAGGCAUUUUUAAAAUAUGCCUGUGUUUAGAGAAGGAACUGGACCUUCUGAAUGAACAGAGAGGACUGUGCGCACUUCCCAGCAUGCUUCAGGCCCUGAUAGCUUGCAAUAGUAAAGAUGAAUACCAAACACACACUCUCCCAGCAACAGGUACUGUUCGUCCUCCAUCUUUACUGGUGCUUCGGUGGUCCCUCCCCCCUCCUCUGUCCAGUGGGAGGCGCCGUCAGGCGGCCUCCAGUUUACUUCCCUGAGACACCAACCAACUCAAACCAACUGAAAAACUGGGAGGAAACAUCAAGACCAAACUGUCAUUGCCAUCAUUAACCAGAUAGGGAAGCUGAUGUUGCCUAGCAACAGAACACUUGAAGCUAAGUUCCAUCCUUCCGGGCACAAGGAAACCAAACAUGGACUGGGCUGAUUCUGCGUGUCCGUCUGUGAAUAGUGUGUAUAAUCAAACUCACUAAUUCCUUACACACCAUUGCUAUGAUGAAGAUGAAGAUUAUUAUUAUGAUGAUCAUUUUUUUUUCACCUCAAUAGAGAAAAAAGGAAGCUGUCUUACUAACAUGUUGAUGUGAGUGGGUGUGUUACCACAGGCAGCCGGUGGUGUCCCAGUGUAGCGUUGUGGUCUUUGCAGUGACAAGUGGGGGUCUUUUUACCAAGCAGAGCUGUCGCCAUCUUUCCCUCAUACCUCCAUCACCAUGGCAACGAGCCACGGCAUCGCCGUGCUCUGGGUAGUUUGAAUAUACUGAUUAUGCAUUUCUUGUUUCUGAAAAUACAAGACGCCAAAACCACAGCAACACUGAGUGUGGACACGGAAGCUGUCUGUCAGCGACUCCACCUACUGUGACUGUCUGUUUCUACUGUAACCUUCAACCCUCUCUCCACCUGGAUCUCUUCUCUACCUCUGUCUCUCUCUCUCUGUCUCUCUGGUGCCAUUCUGGGACAACACCCCGGUCCUUAAGGAGCUGUGCAGCCUGUCAAGUGCACAACAGAGGGGCUAAAGGGAAAACAGUGCAUUAUGAACGGUGUAGGGAGACAAAGUAAACCGUGACAUGCUUAAGGUAAACCUGCGCACACUGAUAUGUGUUAUCACGUAAGAUCUUUGCACCACAAGUAAUUGUCUUAUCCCAUGUUUACGUCAUCUGAAGCCUGUAGCACCUUCCACCUGGAAACGUCUGUAUGGUCAAAGUGUCAUCUGAACAGGAGAAGCUCUUCAAGGUCAGCUGUUAUUUCUAGUCCUUCAGAACCCAGAGCAUCUCGCCUGGCUUGGUGUCACACACGUUAGCACCAAUACAGCGUUUAAGUUCUGUAAUGAGCUUCUUUUACACCUGCCAACACUGCAUGAAUGCUGCAUUCAGCUAAGUCCAUCUGAUGGAUGUGUUGGUGAUCAUAAAAGCACAUUUUAGUGUUUAUUCUCUGAUAGGAUCUGUAGCGUCAACUCAGAGAAUUGGGACAAUACAUAUAUCAAUAUUUAAUUAUAUAUAUGUAGGGGUCCAGCAUAUGUUAGCAUGUCCUCACACACAGACAGUCAGCAGCGUCCCAUCUCUAAAUGCCAGUGUGCACACAGGAGCCUUGAAACAUCGAAGCAUGGAAGCUCUGUUGCAUUAAUAUUAAAGUAAUAAUGAGAAAUGAAACAGUUUCCUGUUUAGGUGCAAAAGCUUGGCUGCAAAUAUCUUACGUGAGAAAUGGAAACUAGUGGCAAUGAACCACAGCCACCAAGAUCCCUUCACUGAAACGUUUCCUUUAUUCAGAUGAAUUGAACAAACAGACAUAUGAAGCAACUUCACGUCAAAACCUGGUUUAAUAACACACAAGCAAACAAGUCCCUGUAAUUGAACAAACUGUCGACAAAUCACACGCCUGCGAUGCCAUAUAAUGUGAAUACCAGUGUUUUCAGGAGAGUUAUUUCAUGUUUUUGACAUAUCAGUGUUGUGAAUGGGAAUGCAAAAAAAGAACUGAAACCAAGAUUAGUAUCAUCUGUGGUGUUUUUAAAAUUUUGUAAAACCAUAAGCAAAAUUGCAACUAGUGAAGUUUGAGACGUGAUAGCGUCGCUUAACAAACGUCACUCGACUUAGACUGAAAUGAAAUGUAGUAAAAGUUUUCAAGCGUAGGAAGGUUUAACUCAUCCCUACUAUGAUGAGAUCAAGAGGUUUAACUUAAACCCACUACGAUGAGUUCAAGAGGUUUAACUUAAACCUACUAUGAUGAGUUAAAGAGGUUUAACUCAGACCUACUGGGAUAAAUUAAGGUUUAAGGGCACACGUUGGCGCACGAAGGUUGUACAUCACACACGUGCAGGUUGCGAUAAAUGAACCAACCAAUGGUGUUAUUUGUACAGAACUAACAGCUGCUAACUGACUGCUAACAGCCCUCUGUCGUUGUUUGUAAUAAACUUCAUUUUUCAUCCAAAA